UAUAAAUGUAUUGACCGCAGUGUUACUGUCAAUUGUGUAAUUAUGCAUCUACGUUUAUUUGGCUGUUUUUACAUAAACAAUUAAAGUUUUAACAAUAAAAAUAUUGAAGAAAUAAUUUUAUUAUAGAAAGAAUUCUAUAAUUUGAAAUAAUUUGCUAGAAUGACGAAAAAGUGAUUUUGAAUCAGAAUGUUUAUGUUUAGAUUGAAUUUAUUUAUGACAAUUGAAAGAAGUUAAAAUUUUGUAAAUAUGAGUGGUGGCAUAGCUCCUAGUAAAGCAACAGUCUAUAUUUCAAAUUUACCAUUUUCAUUAACAAAUAAUGAUGUUCACAAAUUGCUGGAAAGUUAUGGAAAAAUUGUUAAAGUAACUAUUGUGAAAGAUAAAUUGACUCGAAGAAGUAAAGGCGUGGCUUUUGUUUUGUUUUUAAAAUCUGAAGAAGCUCUCUCAUGCGCUAAAGGAUUAAAUGACACCCAAAUUGGAGGUCGUACAGUAAGAAGUUCAAUAGCAAAAGACAAUGGUCGAAGUACAGAAUUUAUUCGGCGUAAAGACUAUCCGGAUAAAUCUCGUUGUUACGAAUGUGGAGAAGAAGGACAUUUAUCUUAUCAAUGUGAGAGUAAUACUCUAGGUUCUCGUACACCACCGCCGAAAAAAAUAAGAAAGAGAAAUCUAAAAUUAAAAGAUGACAAUGUUGAAGGAAGUAACGUUAGUUAUUACGAUGGCGACAGUGAGGAAGAAGUUCGAGAGCCAAGAGGCGCAGACAAAGAUGAGCAUUAUACAGAAGAAACCACUGACGAUGAGACAUGGAGUUCGUCCAUUAGAAUAGAACAAGAAAAGCAAGAAGUUGAAAAGUAUAGACUUAAAGUUGUAACUGGACAUUACAACGAAUCCGAACAGUCAGUAAAGAGGAAACGUUUCAAGAAAAGUAGCUACUUUAGUGAUGAAGAAGAAGCAUUUGAAGAGUAAUUUUAAUAUAGGUAUAAAAUUUCAAUAUUAUUUCUAGUUAAGUGUUUUUAAAUAUGAAAUAUGUAUUUAAUUGAAUAUUUUUUAGUCAGGAAUUAAAACAAGAAGUCUCAAAGUUGUACAAAAAUUUAAAUAUAUUUAUUUUUGGUAUAAAAGAUAAAUUUCCUUUUAGAGUA